CUUUAGAACCCAUGAUAUUGAUGUGUGUAUGUGGUCUCAUGGUCGGAAUUCUGUAAUAAAAUGAACACGUUUCAAUGGUGUUUUGAUCGUGUGUUUGUAGAUAUCAGUGGGGUAGAUAUGAAAACUGUAGAGAACGCGUUGACAGACACUGUAGCACCGGGAGGAAGGUAUUUCCCGCCAAAUUGCACAUCAAAACAGAAGGUUGCUAUAGUGAUACCGUUCAGGGACCGUGACAAACAUCUCAGGUUAUUUCUACGUCACAUGCAUCCAUUUCUGCAAAGACAACAGCUAGAAUAUAGAAUAUUUGUUAUAGAAUUGGUACGUACGGUGAAGUUUAACCGAGCGAUGCUUAUGAACAUUGGCUUUGUUGAGGCGUUGAAACUUGACAAUUUUGAUUGCUUUGUCUUUCACGACGUCGACUUACUUCCGGAAGAUAACAGGAUUCCAUAUUCGUGUGCACAUAUGCCGAGACACUUGUCUGUAGCUGUGGAUAAAUUCAAAUACAAAUUACCAUAUCAGGAUAUUUUGGGCGGAAUUUGUGCAUUGUCAACUGAACAUUUUAAGAAAGUGAACGGGAUGUCAAAUAUAUUCUUUGGAUGGGGUGGUGAAGAUGAUGAUUUCCGAACAAGAGUAUAUGCAAAGAAGUUAGUUGUUGUUCGACCAUCAGUAAAGGUUGCAAGAUACACAAUGAUCAAGCAUGUAAGAGAUCAUGUAAAAAACAAAGAACGAGUGUGUUUACUUAAAUCAACAAAAACGCGCAUGCGCAAAGAUGGCCUUUCAAAUUUGAAAUACAGAGUAAGGCAACUUAAGCUUCUUCCAUUGUACACGUUGGUUCUUGUUUCAAUUAACCAAACAGAGCAACUAAGAGCUGACGAAGAAUUAUAUGAUAUUCAUAAACAGUGUCUGAACUCAACGGAAACAAUGAAAUUAGAUAUAGCGAAAAAGGCGCAACCUCCUUCAAAUAAGACCACGUGACCACAGUGGGUGUAGAGAAUUACCUGUCACUGUAAAUGAAAUUGUUAACAAGUUAUGUCUGUAAGUUCUUUUUUUUAUUGUUGUUAUGUUUUAUUUUCUAGAAAAGAAAUAAAUAUUAAGGUAAAUAACCCCUU